UUUUCUGCCGCGAUUCCGUCGUGUAAUGAGUAGCAGUGUGUCGUUGUCCACCGUGACGACCGCUCCGCCUCGUUACCCGAGAUCCAAAUUUUAAGUUCCUAUUCUCUCCUAUCAUAUUUCUUUUCUUUCUGACCCCAACACACUCUGUUACCAAUCCUGACCGAUAUAAUCGAGCACUCCUUGCAGUAGGACGUCACUCAAAAGCAAUUUUUCGCGAGUUAUAAAAUUUUUCACUCGAAGAAGCUGGAUGACUUCGAUCGGUAAUUAAUUGAGUCCACAGUUGUUUUCUUCAACCUCGCGUUUCCCGCGGAAUAAGAAGAACGGGAUCGGUCGAGCAGACGAUUGAUUCGUUCAAUUAAAGGAGAAUCUUAAUUGUGUCGCGCCUGUGGAAGAACGCGAGCGAAAGAAAAGCAGCAAAGGAAAAGAAGAGUUCAAGAGGCAAUCAUGUACGCGAAGCUGUUACUAUUGAGGUCCACUAAAGUUGGAUGUUUUCCAAGGAGAUUGACUUCGUCCUCAACGGGCCUGAGGAUUCCCCAGCAAACAGGGAAUCGAGCGGACUUGCGUAAAGAAAUGCAGACGGCAGAAGCUCCCAAGAAGCCGGCGAUGUUCACCGAUCGCAGCCAGUUGAACUACACGAGACGUUUGGUGGUAAAAUUGGGUAGCGCAGUUAUUACUCGGGAGGACGAGCACGGUCUGGCACUAGGACGGUUGGCGUCGAUCGUCGAGCAGGUAGCUGAAUGUCAAAACGGAGGUCGCGAAUGUAUCAUGGUGACCAGCGGGGCAGUUGCAUUCGGCAAACAAAAACUAGCACAGGAAUUGUUGAUGUCAUUGUCGAUGAGAGAAACGCUCAGUCCUGGCGGUCACAUGCGAAAACGAUCAGGCACCUCUUUGGAACCGAGAGCAGCGGCAGCCGUUGGCCAGUCAGGUCUAAUGUCUCUGUACGACGCGAUGUUCGCCCAAUACGGCGUGAAACUAGCCCAAGUGUUGGUUACCAAACCGGAUUUCUACAACGAGGAGACUCGCAAUAAUCUAUUUAGUACUUUGAGCGAGUUACUCAGCCUAAACAUUGUCCCCAUAAUAAACACAAACGACGCGGUCUCGCCUCCGCCCCAGGUGGACGAGGAAGUGGCUGGUGGCGGCGGGAAAAAAGGAAUUUCCAUCAAGGACAAUGAUUCGCUUGCGGCCAUGUUAGCUGCCGAGAUCCAAGCAGAUUUAUUGAUUUUAAUGAGCGACGUAGACGGGAUCUACAAUCUACCUCCAUGGCAGGACGGCGCUAAAAUGUUACACACGUUCAGCAUGGACCUGAGGGACACGAUUAAGUUUGGACAGAAGUCGAAAGUGGGCACUGGAGGCAUGGACGCAAAGGUUCACGCGGCUCUCUGGGCUCUCGAUCGAGGUGUAUCUGUUGUGAUAUGCAACGGUACUCAAGAGAAGGCGAUCAAAAAUAUUCUGUCAGGGCGAAAGAUAGGCACGUUCUUCACACAAACCACAGAGACGUCUACGCCUGUCGAAGUCAUCGCCGAGGAUGCUCGAGUUGGUAGCCGCACUCUUCAAGCGCUUCAACCAGAGGAACGCGCGAGCUGCAUCAAUACGUUGGCUGAGCUCCUCGACUCCCGUCAAAGGGAAAUUCUCCAGGCGAACACGAGGGACCUCGACGUCGCGGAGAAAAACGGUCUAGCGAAAGCUUUGCUCUCCCGUCUCUCUUUGACGCCUGCUAAACUGAAAUCUCUGAGCUCCGGUUUAAGGCAGAUAGCCAGCGAUUCGUUGACAAACGUGGGCCGGGUACUGAGGAGAACAAAAUUGGCCGAGGGUUUAGAGUUAAAACAGAUCACCGUCCCCAUAGGCGUGUUGCUCGUUAUCUUCGAGUCAAGACCAGACUGUCUGCCCCAAGUAGCCGCGUUGGCCAUAUCCAGUGCCAACGGGCUUCUUCUCAAGGGUGGUAAGGAGGCCGCCCAUAGUAACCGAUACUUGAUGGAAUUGGUAAAGGAAGCGUUAAGCAGCGUGGGUGCCUCAAAAGCGAUAUCCCUUAUUUCAACGAGGGAGGACGUUGGCGAUCUGUUAUCCAUGGGCAAGCACAUUGACUUAGUGAUACCUAGAGGCAGCUCUGAUCUCGUUCGAUCGAUCCAGGAACAAUCGAAGCAUAUCCCUGUGCUGGGACACGCGGAAGGAAUCUGUCAUGUGUACGUGGACACGGACGCGGAUCUGUUGAUGGCUCUGAAAAUCAUUAGAGACUCGAAAUGCGAUUAUCCGGCAGCUUGCAAUGCCAUGGAGACGCUCCUCAUUCACGAGAGUCACAUGAAGGGCAGCUUCUUUAAUGAGGUGUGCAAUAUGCUUCAGAAGGAAGGAGUAAAAGUGAAUUCUGGUCCAAAGCUAAGGAAAUUACUAACAUUUGGACCACCGGCCGCGAAAAGCAUGAAGACUGAGUAUAGCGGUCUUGAGUGUGCGAUCGAAGUCGUGUCGGACGUCGAUGACGCGAUAAACCACAUUCACAAAUACGGCAGUGGACACACGGACGUCAUCGUUACGGAGAACAAUGAGAAGGCCACGUAUUUCCAAAGAGAGGUUGAUAGCGCGUGCGUUUUCCAUAAUGCUAGCACGCGAUUCUCGGACGGAUAUAGAUUCGGGCUUGGAGCAGAGGUCGGAAUUUCCACGGCACGAAUCCACGCGCGUGGACCAGUAGGAGUGGAUGGGCUGUUAACUACGAAAUGGGUAUUGCAUGGCGAUGGUCACGCAGCCGCCGAUUUCGCAGAUGGAGGUGACAAGGUUUUCGUCCAUCAAUCGUUGCCGACCAACGAAUCCGCAUGAAUCGAACCUAGACAAUCUGAACAUAUAGAGAUUUUCACCACGGCGACAUGGAGGAUUUCAUAUCGAAGGCAGUCACCGGAAAAGAAUCAUCGUGACAUUCUUCUUGAUUCAUUUACAAUAUUGAGGACAACAUGUAUGAGGCUUGUCUCCUUCUUUCUAUCACUCAUAGCGAAGUGUUCGAAAAUGUUUAAAGAUUUGAUCAAGUAAACUUUCUUUGAUUAAUUCCUAAUAUUCGUUAGAUCAAUUUUAAAUCGAUAGUUUAUUUUUAUAUCAACAAGCGCUGUGGGAUAGGUAGUUUAUAAGUAUUACACUUUUCAUGUAAAAAGUUUGAUUCUGUUUUAAAUUAAGCAUUACUGAUAAGAGUUAUUGACUUGAAUGAAUUCUGUUUGUGCAUAUUGUUUGUCAUAUCAUACUCCUUGUGUUCUUUGAUAAGCCAAAGAUCAUUAGAAUUUUUAAAAUAAAAGAGCAAUGUACCAUGUACAUGAAUAUUAAUUUAAAAA